AUGUCGACGUCUCGUACUUGGAAUGGACACGAGUCCAGUGAUGGCUUUGAAAAAGAUGACCAACUGUCGUCACGACAGCCUUCGUCCGCAAAAGAUCUUGAGAAGGAGACCAGUGACGGAGAAGAGACGACAUCGAAGAUCGAGCCUGUCACAAACGAUGAAGAGGAAAACACAUACCCUGAAGGAGGCCUCCAAGCAUGGCUCGUCGUCUUCGGCGGUUUCAGCGGCAUGAUGGCAGCCUUCGGCCUCAUGAACACCGUCGGCACCUACCAAGCCUACAUCGCCACGCACCAACUCUCCGCCUACUCCGAGUCCUCCAUCGGCUGGAUAUUCAGCGUGUACAUCUUCCUUGCGUUCGGAGCAGGCGUGCAGGUCGGACCAAUCUUCGAUCAACACGGCCCACUGUGGCUGGUGAUUUUUGGAUCGAUCUGUACGUUCCUUUGUAUCAUGCUUCUGGGGAUUUGCUUUCAGUACUGGCAUUUCAUGUUGGUCUUUGGGGUCCUGGGAGGGAUCGGGACGGCUUUCAUCUUCACACCAGCUGUGUCUGCUGUGGGCCACUUCUUCAAUCAAAGACGAGGCAAUGCAACUGGACUCGCCACCGGCGGCGGUGCGUUGGGAGGCGUGAUUUUCCCGCUCAUGUUACAGUCCUUGAUUCCUAAGAUUGGCUGGGCGUGGGCGACGAGGGUUCAAGGGUUCAUCUAUAUCCUUCUUCUCUUCCUCGCCAUAUUGCUCAUUCGAUCACGACUGCCCCCACGACCAGGAGGCAGUACUCUCCCUCAUGUGCGCGUGUUCAAGGAUCCGGCCUAUGCACUCGUCACGGCUGGGGCAUUCUUUCUCGAGCUUGGGCUGUUCAUCCCCAUCACGUACAUUACCUCAUACUCCUUACAGACAAACGGAGCCAUCUCCCCAACGUUCGCCUAUCAACUCCUCGCCAUUUUCAACGCAGGCUCAUUCCUCGGACGCUGGGCACCAGGCUGGAUCGCCGACAAGCUCGGCCGCUUCAACACCCAGAUUUGCGCCGUAUUCCUCUGUGCCGCAUCCUCGCUAGGUCUCUGGCUGCCGGCGACUGUUCUUGCAAGCGAAGCUUCGGACACAUCCCGUCCCACGAUCCUAGGCUUGACGAUCGUGUACGCGGUCCUCAUGGGAUUCGCUUCGGGCAGCAACAUCUCACUCACACCGGUUUGUGUGAGCAUGCUGUGUCCGAUUAAGGAGUAUGGCCGUUAUGUGGCGACAACAUACACGGUCGUAUCGAUCGGGACGUUGAUCGGCCUGCCUAUCGCUGGUGCUCUGGUGUCGGCGUGUGGCGGGUCGUAUUGGGGAGUCGCUCUUUUCACCGGGCUGUGCUAUGUGUGCGGGCUGGGAUGCUUUGUCGCUGCGAGGGUGAUGAAGGUUGGAUGGCAGAUUAGUGGGGUGUAUUGA